AUGGGCGUAGCCGAGUCUAAAUGUAGUUUAUACGGGUAUCAAGUCCUUCAGGUUAAAGUGGGAUCGCCUGCUGAAAUAGCUGGUUUAGAGCCUUUUUUCGAUUUUAUUACUUCAGUAAACCGGAAGGAGCUAAAAGAGAGCGACACCUACCUUUUAAGCCAAGCAGAGGAAAAUGUUGGACAGGCAAUAGAGCUUAUUGUUUACAAUUAUAGAACAAAAUCUUUACGGCCUGUGAGUAUUGUUCCUUCGUGUGUAUGGGGUGGUGAAGGCUUGCUAGGAACGGUUGUUAGGUUUUGCUGGAUAGAUUCCGCUUCUCGAAAUGUUUGGCGUGUUUUGGAAGUCCAGCCAAACUCUCCUGCUUCACGCGCUGGAAUUUGUCCCGAAAAAGAUUAUAUUGUGGGGACUUCGUCUAUGGUUUUUAAUAAUCCAAAUGACAUCUUUUUGCUAUUAGAACUUUAUGACAAGCGGAAGUUAAUUUUCUUUGUUUACAAUUCGGAGGACUAUUGUUGCCGUGAGUGCCCUGUCGUGCCGGACGUUGACUGGGGCGGCCAAGGAAGCCUGGGAUGUACGUUGGGCGCUGGGCUUCUACACCAAGUAGUGAAAUCUCCAAAGAUUAGCUCAACACAUCCUACAGAGAAAUUAUCUCACGGAUUAUCUGCUGCUGUUAUUUUCAAAGUUCCGGCUCAAGCGGAGAAAGUAAGUAACUCUCCUACUUCUAUUCAGUUGAAAAGAGUAUUUUACAUUGGUCAGAAUGAAGUUUCAAGCGCUACAGGGAGGACAGAAAACUGCGAGAAGGAAGGGAUAUGCCAGGAGUUAUAGUAAUACUA